GCCACGUGUGUAGGCCACGUACAAAAACGUAUGGGCACACGUCUCAGAGCUGUAAAAAAGCAGACCAAGGGCCUCGGAGGUAAAGGUUCCGGCAAAUUAACCGAUAAAAUUAUUUCUGAUUUGACAAUUUAUUAUGGAUUGGCCAUCCGAAGAAAUUCAGAUUCUGCAGAAAACAUGAAGAACGCCGUGUGGGCUGUUUUUUAUCACAAUAUUUCCACUGAUAAAAAACCGCAGCACGAGUAUUGUCCGGCUGGAAAGGAGAGUUGGUGCAAGUGGCGUGUUGCUGAAGCCAACGGUACUCUCAAGACGUUUAAGCAUAAGCCGCCUCUUGCAGAUAACGUGCAAGACGCAAUCAAACCAAUAUUCGAGGCUUUGUCGUCGGACGAUUUGAUAGAACGUUGCACUGGCGGCAACACACAAAACUCCAACGAGUCCGCGAACGCUUGCGUCUGGAAGCUUGCUCCGAAACACCUUCACUGCGGUGCCAAGACCGUCGAAAUUGCAAGUUAUACGGCUAUUAGUUUAUUUAAUGAAGGUUAUGUAACAUUAUUAAAAAUUAUGAACAUCUUGGGAAUUGCCGUUGGGCUUGAAGCCAAUAACUUUGCCCGCCUAGCUGAUGCGAAACGCGUUACUGCAGCUGAGAGCAGCAUGUCAGACGGCGCAAGAACAGCCGCACUUUCGAGAAAAUCCGACCAAGCAAGUCUGCAGGAGCAAUAUAAACUUGAGGAAGGACUGAUGUAUGGCCCUGGAAUCGCUGAUUAACCAUAAGAGUGGACAACAGCGGACCACCUUUUUUUGAGACGGUCACUUUACGGGGCGUGCCAACAAAUACCGUCACAUUAUUUUUUAAUAAAAAAAAUGUUUUUUCGUACCUUUUAUUGUAUUAAAUAAGUG